GGGGAGGCGUAGUGGUGGAGCUUUUAUUGAACAGGAGCGUUGAUUGUGACACAUGAGGGUUGCGCCUCUGUUGGCCUCAGCACUGCAACCAGCCGACGUCAACCAUAAAUAACGAGCUAGCCAGUUGUUGUUUUGGGGGAAUAAGAAAAGAGCUGCAAGCGGAAGAAACACCGGAUUUGGGCUUUUUUCCCCCUUCGCUCGUUUAGUUUUUUCAAUUUAUUUUAAAAAAUAUACAGCUGAAGCAAUGUCCACGCCCGCAAGGAGACGGUUAAUGAGGGAUUUUAAAAGACUUCAGGAAGAUCCUCCCACUGGUGUGAGCGGAGCGCCGUCCGAGAACAACAUCAUGCUUUGGAACGCUGUUAUUUUUGGGCCUGUGGGAACACCAUUUGAAGAUGGAACAUUUAAGCUGCUGAUAGAGUUUUCGGAGGAGUAUCCAAACAAGCCCCCCACAGUUCGGUUUGUCUCCAAAAUGUUUCAUCCAAAUGUUUACGCCGAUGGCAGUAUAUGUUUAGACAUUCUUCAGAAUCGCUGGAGCCCUACAUAUGACGUGUCGUCCAUUCUCACCUCCAUCCAGUCGUUGCUUGAUGAGCCAAACCCCAACAGCCCUGCCAACAGCCAGGCGGCACAGCUCUACCAGGAAAACAAGAGGGAGUACGAAAAGAGGGUAACGGCCAUUGUGGAGCAGAGCUGGGUAGAUGGCUGAGCAUUUCCCCCCCCCCGCUAUACUCUGAUCUUCAUCACCCCCCUCUUCAUCCUCCUCUCUUAUUCAGUCUCUCAUGAAGAAACAGUAACUAUAUGAAAACUCAAGUGCCACCCUGAUAAGUAAAAAGGAAAACCAAAUCUGAAUGGACGUUAACUUGCUUACCAAUGCAUUAUAGGAAAUUUGGUGGGGGUGGGGGGGAUUCAAUCUUGUAUUUGUUUUUUUUUUUUGUUUUUUUAUUGCAUGGUGUGGGAUAAGUUAUUGCUAACAAAACUUGUAAUAUAUCUGGUUGGACUAAAGCGGUUUCACAUCAUCACUUUUGUUCUGCCGGUUUGGAAAAGGACACGUUAAUGACCAGACCGGCAUCUUUUCUUAAAAGCUGUGGAAAAAACACGGAAAAUGCCUUUCAGAGCUCAUAGCUUCACUAUCCCUCAGUUCAGCUGAUAAAGAACAGCUUCUGGUCUGUUUCUGCACAUUUCUGCUUAGGUUAAGACGGAUUAGGUUUGGAUUCAACAAGUGUCAAGGGUCACAGGCUGCAACAGCGCGGCUGAAUCACGGCUGGCCAUGAUGGAGUUUUAUUAUCAGAGAGGGAAUAAUGCUUGGAGAUGGAGAGUCCCAGUUUUCUCCCUCCGUAUUUAUGUUGGCUGGAAAUAAAUGACAGGGUGUUUAAUAAAAGCAGGUUCUGAAGCAAGAUUGAAGAGCAUUGGGGAGGAAGUUUGAUCCUUCCACAUCAUGCCUGCUGAUCUGUUAUACACGUCAAUUUUCUUUUCUUUUAAUUGGAAGCUAAUUGGAGGGAGCUUUUUUUUUUUUUUUAAGAAAAAAAAAAUCUGAAACUUUAUUUUAUAAUUUCCCUCCCCACACAGAACAAAGCACUUUGAAUUGAUUUGAAGCCAGUGACCUAAGUGUCUGUGCUUUUGAUCGUUCUAUUAAAUCAACCCAGCUGCGUGAAUAUAUAUAUAAAAAGCAAAAGUAAUGCCCUUGUUUUUGCUUUAAACAUAUAAUUUGCAGGUUUUACACAAGCUGCUGCAUUUUCCUGCUGUUCAAACGUUAAGUCAAGACUUUAAGCGUUUUUCUUUUCUGGCUACAGCAGCUUUCUUGUCUGCGUUUGUUGUUUUUUUGAUGAACAAAAUUGCCCUUAAGCAUACAUUCAUGACUCAACCCCGCCCAGCAUCUGCUCAGUAAUCAGUCCAUAUAAAACAAAAGUCCCCCUUUCUUAAACAGAGAUGGUCAUAUUGUGGCUUGUGACUUAUUUCACCUAGUAAACAGAAUAUGCUAUAAAGUUUUGAGAAACAAAUGUAUACUUAAAAUAUGCUGUAUAAACAUAAUAAAACACAUUUUUCAGUCUUUGAAA